GAGACGGGACGCUGGGCCGGCAGCUGGAGAGACCGGGUUGGCCGCGCCCACCCGGUCGCCAUGGAGCUUUCCCCAGAGCCCAGUGACUUUCCUCGCGCCUGGGACGACGACUCGGAGCCGGAGCCGGAGCCGGAGCCGGAGCCGGAGCCUGAUCCGGACGCGCAGGCCGAAGCCUACGUGGCUCGCGUGCUCAGCCCGCUGCAACCCAGGGCUACCCCCCCGUGUGCCUCGCUGCUGUCCACGCCCGCCGCAUCCACCGGCGCCGUGGAGCCCAGGGCCGCGGCCAAGUUCCCGACUGUGGGUAGGCCGGGCCUGCUGAGUCUCCCUCCGGAGCUGUUACUCGAGAUCUGCGCCUACCUAGACGCACGCCUCGUGCUCCACGUCCUGCCGCGCGUGUGUCACGCGCUGCGCAACCUAGUGUGUGACCAUGUCACUUGGAGGCUGCGCGCGCGGCGCCGCGUGCGCGCGCCCUACCCAGUGGUGGAAGAGGAGGACUUCGACUGGCCAACAGCCUGCAUUGAGCUGGAGCACCACCUGGCCCGCUGGGCAGAGGACGGGCGUUGGGCUGAGUACUUCUGCCUGGCCGAUGGGCACUUUGCAUCCAUUGACUCAGUGCUGCUACUCCAGGGUGGGACACUCUGUUUGUCUGGCUCUCGAGAUCGCAAUGUCAACCUGUGGGACCUGCGGCAGCUGGGGGAGGAGCCUAGCCAGGUCCUGGUCAAGUCCUUGGGCACAGAGAAGAACAGUACCCACAAGGGUUGGGUGUGGUCACUGGCGGCACAGGACCACCACGUGUGCUCUGGCUCCUGGGACAGCACGGUGAAGCUAUGGGACAUGGCAGCUGAAGGGCAGCAGUUUGGAGAGAUAAAGGGCAAGGCGGCUGUACUGUGCCUUGACUACCGCCCUGACAUCCUGGUGGCUGGGACCUAUGACAAGAAGGUGACCCUCUACGACCCCCGAGCUGGCCCAGCCCUGCUGCAGAACUGGCGGCUGCACUCCGGCGCCGUCCUGGCACUGCUGGCUGACGACAGGCACAUCAUCUCGGGCAGUGAGGACCGCACCCUCGUGGUGUUUGACCGGCGAGCCAACCGUGUUCGGCAGCGGCUGCAGAUGGACUCCUACCUGCUUUGCAUGUCCUACCAAGAGCCCCAGCUCUGGGCUGGCGACAACCUGGGACAGCUGCAAGUCUUCGCCAACCGUGCCGGCUGCCUCCAGCUUGUCCGGUCCUUCAAUGUGGGCCAUAGGUCGCACAUCACAGGGAUCAAACACUCGCUGGGGGCCUUGUAUACCACGUCCAUCGACAAGACUAUCCGGGUCCAUGUGCCCACGGACCCGCCCUGGACCAUCUGCACCCGCAGCCACCACAGUGUCCUGAAUGGGAUUUGUGCUGAGGGCAACGUGGUGGUGGCCGCCUCAGGAGGCCUGUCGCUGGAGGUCUGGAGGCUGCAGGCCUGAGCAGGACGAGGACGACAUGGCUGUCGGUGUGUGUUGCUGGCCCAGGCAAGCUGGGCUUCUUCUUGGGGACCUUCCUCCCCAUUGGUGCUGCCUCUGCCCCCCAGGUGUGGGGCACAGCAUCUUGGGCAUGGCUUGGUGGGUCCCUGUGCUGGGUCCCCACUUGGCCCACCUCAGGGACCUGCUGCUCACCCCGGGCCUUGUGUUUGGUUUUGUGGAAAGGGUCUCCCAGGUGUUGAGAUGCCAGGUGGGUGCCACCAAACCCAGCUGGGGCCCUGGUUUUGUUAUUAUUUGGAAGUUCCUCUCUGGUGACGGAAGGAGAAAUAAACCUGGUGGAUUGUA